AUGAAUUUAGAUCUCCAUAUAAAAAGGCAGCUGAUUUUUCUGAGCCCCGGCGGUGCAUGCCGUGGAGCUUUCUCCAGUCUGCUCUGUCCUGACUCACUGCUGUUCGCUCCUGCUGAGGAACAAGUCGGUCAGGAAGCCGCACCUCAACCAUGGCAUUUAAAGACUCCCGUGGAGCCCGAAGUGGCUAUUCACCGGAUUCGAAUCAUGCUCACCAGCCGCCGCGUGAAGUCGCUGGAGAAGGUUUGUGCGGACUUGAUCAGAGGCGCCAAGGAGAAGAAUCUGAAAGUGAAAGGACCGGUGCGCACGUCUACCCAGACACUGAGAAUCACUACCAGAAAAACACCUUGUGGUGAAGGUUCCGAGACGUGGGGUCGUUUCCAGAUUAGAAUCCACAAGCGACUCAUUGACUUACACAGUCCUUCUGAGAUUGUUAAGCGGAUUACUUCCAACAGUAUUGAGCCAGGAGUGGAGGUUGAAGUCACCAUUGCAGAUGCCUAAGUCAACUGUUUAAA